AUGGUGAGGGACGAUGUGUUGUUGCACUGCCCAUCAUCGGUGCGCACGCUGGUGAAGCGCCACGUGUACUCGCGCUUCGUCAACUCAUCCUACCUCUUUGCCGGCACCUCUAACAUCUUCCGCGUGAGUGAGGGCGCUACCAUGCUGCCGCCCUCCCAUGCGGCCGCCCUCCCAUGCGGCCGCCCUCCCAUGCGGCCGCCCUCCCAUGCUGCCGCCCUCCCAUGCUGCCGCCCUCCCAUCCCAAGCGCCCAUACAACUCACCCCACCCAUCUGACACUCUCUGUCUCCCUAUACCAUCCAUCUGACCAAGUAACAACACGUGCCAAUGUGGAUUUCUUCCUGCCACACGUGGACCUGGUGGCAGCAGGCAACAGCACCACGGAGCUGCUCAUCAUUGCCUCAGGGCAGGCGCAGUUCGUGCUGCACGAGGGGGACUGCGUGGGAGGUGAGUACGGGGCGUACGAGUUUUGCCAAGCUUCUGGGGACGUGGUGAGAGCAAGCGAAAGGAGUGCAAUGGGGGGGAGGGCGAAGGAGGAUCUGGGGCGGGUCGUCUCUAAGCUGACUGAGUCAUCACGUGCUCUUUUCCUCUCCUCAACCCUCUCCACUAGCCUCAUGUGCUGCCCUACCCCCAUCCGACCUUCUCUGGAUUCACCAGAGAUCGCCUUCCUGUGUGACCUCACGGAGCUGUGGACGGUGCGCACGCUGUCGGUGCGUCCGUGGCUUGCACUCACCCCGCUGACGACCGCCACGUCAUCGCCAACCUGCUUAACCGGUGAGUGCUCUGUACCCAUCCACGCCUCACCCACCACACCCUUCCUCAUUCAUCUCCUCUCAAGGGCGCGCAGCAGGGCGGAGGCGACGGCCCGGUUCUACCCCGGCAACAGCACCAUGGCGGAGCCGUCUCUGCUGCUCAAGGACGAGGUCGAGCCUGUUCUGAACGGCAUUGAUAUCUUCUUCUUCUACCCUCUCUCUCACACCUUCGCCAACCGGAGACUCGCACCUACACCUUCGUCACCUACCCUUCCUCACUCUUGUCGGAAUCCUUCUUCCUCUCUGCCAUUCUUCCACAUUUCAGCCCCUUUCCUUAAGGAUACUUCCCUAGACCUUCUCCUCUCUUCACCCCAUUCACCCCAUUAG